AUGGCUGCCGUGAGCCGCAUGAUUCUAGCGAACUGGAGUGGGGCACGAACUGGCUGUAGUCCGUUAGGACUGGUCGUAGCCCGUGGCGGGCUAUACGGCCUGUACUACGGCCUGUACUACGGCCUGUACUACGGCCUGUACUACGGCCUGUACUACGGCCUGUACUACGGCCUGUACUACGGCCUGUACUACGGCCUGUACUACGGCCUGUGCUACGGCCUGUGCUACGGCCUGUGCUACGGCCUGUGCUACGGCCUGUGCUACGGCCUGUGCUACGGCCUGUGCUACGGCCUGUGCUACGGCCUGUGCUACGGCCUGUGCUACGGCCUGUGCUACGGCCUGUGCUACGGCCUGUACUACGGCCUGUACUACGGCCUGUGCUACGGCCUGUGCUACGGCCUGUGCUACGGCCUGUGCUACGGCCUGUGCUACGGCCUGUGCGACGGCCUGUGCUACGGCCUGUGCGACGGCCUGUGCUACGGCCUGUGCUACGGCUUGUGCUACGGCCUUUACUACGGCCUGUGCUACGGCUUGUGCUACGGCCUUUACUACGGCCUUUACUACGGCCUUUACUACGGCCUGUGCUACGGCCUGUGCUACGGCCUGUGCUACGGCCUGUGCUACGGCCUGUGCUACGGCCUGUGCUACGGCCUGUGCUACGGCCUGUGCUACGGCCUGUGCUACGGCCUGUGCUACGGCCUGUGCUACGGCCUGUGCUACGGCCUGUACUACGGCCUGUCCUACGGCCUGUACUACGGCCUGUACUGUUUGUCCUUGCGGGCUUCAACUGUUUGCGGAGGAUUUGAGUUUAGUUGCAAGAAAGAAGAGCCAAAAUGA